AUGGCCUUGACUCGAAAAUCCCACGAGAAAGUUCGGACGGGAUGUCGAACCUGUAAGGUCAGAAGAGUCAAGUGUGAUGAAACAAGACCGACCUGUCUCCGCUGUGCACGGUCAAAGUAUAUCUGUGAAGGCUAUCUAUUCUCUUUCUCCGCCUACUGUCCCAGUCCCGAGAGGCAUGAAUCCUCAGAUGAGGCCUCUCAGAAGAAAAUCAAGCCUGUCGACUCUCUGUGCUUUUACCGGACCCUGAAGACCCUCGCCGAGCUAUCAGAACCCGACUACCGCUCGUAUGAUUUCUGCCGCCGCUACACGCUGCACAACAUGGCCACUCAUCAUUUCACACGUUUUUGGACUCACACCGUAAUAUCGGCAUCUCAUGCGGAGCCGGCAAUUCUACAUGCUAUGUUAGCUCUUUCCGGAGUGUGCAGGGUCUAUCAGGAGGGCCAAUCAGUUCUGCCCAGUGGAGAUCGAACCACCUUCAUGAUUCCUGUGUGGUCUCAUUACGGCAAGGCGCUUCACUUUCUUCAAAAUCGGAUAAUAACGGCCAGCAUCGAGGACACUCAUAUUGUACUCAUUGUUUGUUUGGUCUUGCUAACGUUCGAUAUCAUCGAGGGUCGAUAUCGAGAAGCUCUGGUCCAUCUCAACCACGGUCGCCAGAUUUUAAAGAGACUUCAUGGCAUAACUUCGGCGGUUGACACGACAAUGUUGAGGUUGAUGUUGCCACAACAAGCGUCCACGACUCUCGAUGAAAUUUCAUAUUCCUUUGCGUUGAUGGAUCUGCAGUCGGUCUAUUUCGACAGUGAGCUACAAUUCAAGCUUGUCGACAACCUGGAUAUUGGCAGCACGGAUCCUCCCAGCAUUCCGUCCUCCUUUAAUUCCUUUGACGAUGCGUGGCGGAUGAUGCUAUUGCUCGACAACGAGGCUUGUCAUCUAGCAGCUGUCGUCUGCCAGACAAAAUCAGAACAAAUUCAUGAGAACUCAAUGCUGGCGUUGUGGCAAGGAAAGCUGCUUGCUGCACUGAGGCAGUGGAAAGCAGCAUUCGACAGUAGCCCACUGCGCACUAUACCACGAGCGUCAUCGCCUGGUGCUAAUGGAGACGAGCGAUCAAUUUCCCUGCGCAUAAGUCAUCUCUAUCUCACUAUUGUUGUCCGGAUUAGCUUGUGCCGCCACGACGAUAUGGUGUUUGACCCGCUCCUGCCUUAUUUCUCCUCACUUGUGGCUCUGUGCGAAGAUCUAGUCCCCAGAUUACCGGCAAUUAGUCUCGACUCCCGUGUGAUUGAACCUCUCUACACUACCGGAUGUCUAUGUCGCCACCCUGGCUUGCGACGACGUGCGCUUCAAGCGUUGAGCCUGGCAGGCAGGGAAGGACACUGGGACAGCAAGCUCAUAUCAAUCGUGGUCCGCGAACGAAUGGCCCUGGAAGAAAACGAGGCUAACUUCGUGUACAAUCCUGACGAGCCCAUUCCGGAAGACGUGGAGCUGCUGGCAGAGAUCAUUCCCAGGCAUGCACGCUGGUCCGACACACAUGCUGAGUUUCUCUCCGAUGAUUACAAGAAAGCCGACUUACAGUUCAGACGGAAAUCUAGGAGUACUCACAAUCCUUCUAUGGCUGGUGACGAUUGCUAUGAAGUCUACAAAACGAUUGUUGCUCUCCCCUAG